AGAGCGAGGAAAUCUGCACAUGCUCACAGAGAAACCCCGUUUAUGCUUUCUUCACGUGUUCCGCCAUGGCUUUUCUCCGGAUACACAGACACACCCAGGCAUAUUUAUUACGAUACGCAGGCUAGUCCUGCUCUGUUUUUGGCCUGUUUUUUUCUUAUCGGAGGUGCUGGGAAAGCAUAAUCCAGGCCGGACUCAUCUUUCUCUGUAUUCGUCAAGCGUGCACUCUGCUCCGCGACUCCCAGCCUUUGCCCGCAGCGUGAGCGAUCACACACACAAACGCGCGCACACGAGGCGCUUCCCACUUGCCAUCGUUAGCCUUCCCGCCCGUCUCGUCUCUCUUUCCUCCCCGCCGCCCCGACCGCGGACUUUGAAGAGGCAACGAUUGGCAGGGGCUGGGUUCCUCCAGCUAGUAGGCUCCGGGGGGACCACUCUUAAUUCGCACGCUGCCUCGAGUCGUCGCGUCCACACGACGCCAGGAAAAAACCAAAAAAACACCAAGGCGUUCGCCUCGCCAAUGAAUGGGGCUGCUGGCGUGCUACAAACGCACGCUGGGCGGAAAACGGAACCAGACUGAAAGAAGCCGCAUCGCUCUUGUUUGCGCGGCUUGCCUCUGGGGAUCCUCGGCGGACCUACAAGGCCUCAGGAGUGGUAGCACUUCUGUUGUUCAAUCCCUUGGCCCUACAUAGAGGCUCUGCAGCCAUAAUGGCUGCUGCCCAGUGAACCCAAAAGCUCCACAAGGGAAGGAAUCCAAAGACCGGCAAGCUGGAGGGGAACAUGAAGAAGAGCUGCAGUGUUCUUGCUGUGACUGCGGAUGAGAAGCCCAACGACACGUUGGACCCCAGCUGGUGCAGCCGCUCUUACACUUCCUCCAGUAUGUUGGGUGCCGACCUGCGACGGGGACGUAGACGCCUUUCCUCCAACCUGCAGGUCCCGCCAUGGAAGCCCAUAGACAGAGCACGCUCACCAGAGCCAGACAAUGUCCAAAGGCCAACUACUCUGCCACUACGAAUCCCUCCACGUAUUUCUAUCACCCACGCUGACCCAGACAGCUGCUACGCUGAAGUGUCUAGUUAUUGAAAGAAUCCAUGGGGACCAUUGGCAGUCAACAUCUUCCACGCAUGCAAGACUGGAUGCUGGCAUUGCUCAUUAAUUGAGUCAUUUUUUACCAUGGAAGACUACGUCUAACAGGCAGCAAUGUGUCCAUUGCCUUGGAGUUAAGCCAGCAAAGACUUAAGAACUGGAUCUCUCUGGAAUGCUUUGGGCCCACUGAAAGAAGUUCCUAUGUGUGGUGGGUGUGUGGUGUGGGUGUUUGUGUGUGUGUAUUGUAAUUCUGCAGAAGGGUAAGAAAUGUACAUAUGGGGUGCAAGAUUCAGCUUGCUGAUAAUCUUGGUUUUAAUUGUUUUCUUAAAAGCAUGUUUCAAGUCCCUAUGGCUGUGAAUAUAUGUGUGAAUGAUACCUGCUGAAGUGUCAGAGAGCUGUCUGAACAAGAUCUCCAGUGUUUGAGGAUGAGCUACAGUACUUUGCAGAAUUCCUCCUUCUCCUCCUACUAAAACCAGAAUUGUGCAAAGAAAAAGUCAGAACACCUAACCACUUUGUAUAAUUUAUACAGGUUGCAGAAUUCUAUUUUUUUUUUUGUAAUUCUGUAUAUACAAUCCCCUGCAGUGUGGC